AUGACCCCAGAUCCAGAUAACAAUGAGGAAAACCAAUCACUAACCUCCUCAAUGCCCUCGUCCUCCCGCUUGUCUCUCAAGCGCCGCAUCUCCCUCUCUUUCCACCGCCAUCGCUCCUCCUCUGUCCCGAAACCCCCUGGCCGAGGCAUCAGCCACAACGUUCACAAAAUCACAACCGCAGCCGGCGUUCCCUUCAACAAGGCCGCGAACCUCGUCGGCGCAGAGGGCUUCUUCCCUCAGACCAUGGCCCGCGAGUGCGCCAAGGCAGCGCGCAUCCUCCACUCCUUCACCGACGACCCGGGUCCGGCGCCCACCAACUACAAGGCCCCCAUCCACCCGCUCGGUCUCAGCGUGAAAUCCAUGGUGAUAAUCCCGCCCCAGAUCCUCGCCCACUGUGCCGGACUCGCAAUCUUCAACACCCUCCGCGCGGGAGCGUACAUGGGCUCUCUGGCCGCCGGCUCCGGCAUCGUCGUAGCGCGCCGCCCGGACGGGACCUGGUCACCCCCAUCUUCCUUCUUCGUUUCGACCCUCGGCGCCGGCUUCAUGAUCGGGCUGGAUAUCUACGACUGCGUCCUCGUGCUCAACACGCCGGCACAGGUCGCCGCCUUCACCCACCCGCGCGUCUCACUAGGCGCGGAAUCGUCCAUAGCACUUGGGCCCAUCGGCACGGGCGGCGCUGUUGAAGCCGCGCUCUCAAAGACGGCGAGGCCAAUGUUCAGCUACAUCAAGUCCCGCGGCUUCUGGGCCGGCGUUCAGAUCGACGGGACAAUCAUCAUCGCGCGGCAGGACUGCAACAGCGUCGCCUACGAACAACGGCGCAUCUCCGCCAAGAAGAUCCUGACGUUACAGGCCGAGUGGCCUGAGGGAUCGCAACCGCUUUGGCAGACUCUCAUGGCGAUGGAGGGCAGAUAUUCCAUCGACCCCGCCAUUGCGAGGGAGGUCGCACUGAUGGGUCCGCCGGGGGAUAUCACUCCUCCGGGAUAUACGACACCGCCUCCAGAUAUGGAGGAUGGCAGGCCUGCGCCCGCGUAUACGCCAUCUGUCGCUUCUGCUUGGAGGUGUGGAAGUGAGGAGGGGAUCACAGAGGAAGCGGUUAUGGAUGAGAAGGAGAGGUUGAGCCGGAGGGGUUAUUGA